GUCGGCAUGCCGAUGCUUCGGUCAACAUGUCUUCAUCCGACUCGGAAGCACGCGACUCAGGAGACUUGUUAAAUGCCAUCGGCUCCACCAGUUCUCUUGCAAGCACAGUCUCUUCGGUCUUCAGUGCUAACACUCAAGUUCCAAAGACCAAUGGUCACUCUUCGACCACCAUCGCCGCCCUUACUCCUCUGACAUAUCCUGCUUCAUCUCCAGUCAAAUCACAUUCUCCACUAGCUUCUUCGAAGCCACUGCUCAACACGACCCAACCAGAGCCAUCCCCUCUUGGUCUUCCUGUCGCAAAUACCACUCGAGGUUCUUACGAAAAUGCCACUCCCCGACCUUCUCCCCCAGCAGAAAACCUGCAGAUCAUGCCACCAGCUGGCAAAGCCAAAGGGUACAGAACGGUUUAUGACCCCGAAAUCGACAAUGAGCUCAGCGAGAAAGAGAAGAAACGCAGAAGCGGAAAAGUCAAGAUAAGACUGGCCAUCGCAAACUACACGUCUGGUGGAGCUGUAACCGAUAAACUGGCAAAAUCGAAAACGAAGCUGCGAAUCGCACCAUACAUGCUGAAAUCGUAUGCAUACGACAAAAACUCGACCAUUGGGCCCGGCCCGCCAAAGCAAAUUGUCGUCCACAGUUUUGAUCCAUUUACGCCCGAAUCUCAACUCAAAUUCUUNUUCGCGAGUUUUGGAGAUAUUGCUGAGUUUCGCAAUCAGACCGAUCCGAAUACUGGAAGUUUCUUGGGAAUUUGCUUGAUCCGGUACAAAGACAGCAAGCCAAUCAAGGGCGUCUCCGUUUUGGCUGCCAAUGCUGCAAAACGUGCCGAGAAGGAAGGGCACAACGAGCGCAUUGGGUUGACCAAGGUCAAGGUCGAGCUUGAUCGUGAGGGGCGCAAAUGCAGGAAGUAUGUCGAGUACACGCUCAAGAAGGCGCGACACGAAAUGGAGAAAGAAGCUGCUCGACAUACCCCUCACACUGUUGCGCUAGCAGCAGAGUCGCACGGUUCCUCGACACCUGUACCACCACCUCCUCCGCCGCCACCCGGUGCACCCGAAGAAUUGCCUGCGAUCCCGGUGGAUGUUCCAAAGGCACCAAAGGGACCGGCAUCCAAGCGCGACCGCGAACGAGAGCGAGCAGGCGUAUCAGAACAACCUUCGGCGACAAAAGAACGAGACACAGGUCGCUCGGUCGUUGAGUCAGAGCCGAUAUUGGCCAAGAUCAAACGAAAGCCGUACAUUUUUAUUUCUCGUGAUAGCGUGCCUGUUUUGGGGUCCACUGUGCCACAUCUUAAGAAGAGGUUCAAGGCUUUCGACUGGCGAGAGAUUCGCGUUGACAAGACAGGAUACUAUGUCAUCUUUGACGACUCAAAGCGGGGUGAAGACGAGACGGUCAGAUGUUUCAAGGAGUGCAAUAAUGGACCUAUGUUCACGUACAACAUGACUAUGGAAUGCCAGCAGUAUGGCAAUCCAGAUUACGUGCGCAGUCCGAGCCCUGAAACCCAGGCUGUCCAAAGCCGGCAGAAGGAGGAAGCAGAUCGCUUGGAGAGAUGGGCUGCGGAAGAUUUAGAGGAAGAGAAGAAAGAACGAGCUGCCGAUUUGGACCCUGUGAAAGGCGCGCUCGAACAGUUGCAACUCGAGUUGCGCAACAAGAUCAUGGACGACAUCAAGAAACGAGUUGUCAUUCCUGAGCUUUACGACCGUCUUGACCCUGCCAGACACGUCGCGAAACGACGCAAGCUCGAUAUUCCAGACCCGGUUGACAAUGAAAAUCAGCCCCCAAGUUUGUUACUGAACAAAGCCGCCAGCACCGCAUCCACAACUGCUCGAGCCCGAAACGGACGUCCUUUGUCUCACAGCAAGCCGCUGCGCCCACACGAUCCCAAUCGCGGACGACAAAUUCCUAUGAGCGCCUAUGUCGACGAGCGCCGAUUCAAGAAGCGUCCAGCUGCACGUCCUGUCCACGCGCGCCCCUUGCAUUACCGUCUGCAGCACAUGGACGAUGAUGAGGACGAAGACGAGUCCGACGACGAUCGUAAAACACCAAUGACGCGCGACACAGACGAUUUGGAGAGCAGACCCCUAAGUCGGGCCAGCCGUAACUCAACACCCUUCAGCGUGUCAGAGUCCAUUGACUUGCCGACACCUGCUCCGAAAAAGAGAAAGCUGGUCCACAAAGAGAGGNNGGAGACGAUCCCAGAGGAAGAGCAGGAGAUCUUUGCACCCCAUCACAAGGAGCUCCUUGGAGAUCUUAUCCAGAAAAUUCCGGAGCGUAUGGCCACACGCGAACUCGAGUUGGUUGUUAGCACCCUCCCUCGAGACUCAAAGUUCCAAGAACGCGCACGAAACGAACUUCACCUCAGACAGCGCGCCAAAUACGACAGCGAAGAGACACCUGUACCAACUAUUGAUGCCAUCAAAGCAGAACAUGCGACCGUUGGCGACAAGGCUGUGUCCCAAUCUGGAGAUUUGUCCGUCAAGUCCACUAAGAAAGACACCAAACGCAAGCGACCAAAGUCAAAGAAGCAAAUAUUUGAGGAGCGCGAAGCAGAACGGGCCGCCGCAAGGGCUGCUGAAGACGCUCAGGCCAUGGAAGACGGCAGCCAGGUUGAAGACAGAGAUGUUGACGUCGAUGUUGAUGUUGAUGUGGACGUUGAUAUGGCUGAAGCAGUCAUUGAAGAGGAGGCAGAGGAAGAGAGACCUCAGGUCGAGUGGGCCGUGUCCACUGGCGAGCCACGCAAAACCGUUGAAGACGAUGAAGAUACCUUCUUGGAUAUCGACGGUUGGAAGCACAUAGUCAAGGAUGAAGAAGACAUGCGCCACCUUCUUCAAGCUAUGGAAGACAUGUCCGCUGCAGACGUUGGAGAUGUUACUCUAUGGGCUUGGAAACACAAGGAGAUCAAGGCGCUCAACUCGCGUGGACCAACUGCCGAAGCCAAGAUCCAAGGCUAUUAUGUCCCGAACCCCUCAGGUUGCGCUCGCACUGAGGGUGUCAAGAAGAUCUUGGAGUCCGAAAAGUCAAAGUACCUGCCUCACCGCAUUCGUGUCCAGAAGCAACGCGAGGCUCGCGAGGCACAGGCACGAGAGAACCCCAAUGCUGUCGCCGCUGCCGAAGCAGCAGCUGAAGCUGCAAAGGCAGCCGCAGCCGCCAAGAUCGCUUCUGUCGCUACAUCUCGCAGCAAUCGUGCUAACAACCGACGCCUGGUCAAUGACAUCAACUUGCAGAAGCAGAAUCUCACUAUUACUGGUGGUGAGGCCGAUGCUAUUAAGUUCAAUGCAUUGAAGAAGAGAAAGAAGCACGUCAAGUUUGACAGAUCGGCUAUUCACGGUUGGGGUCUGUAUGCCAUGGAAAACAUUGCCUCCAACGACCUCAUCAUCGAGUAUGUCGGAGAGAAAGUUCGUCANAAGGUGGCAGACCUCCGCGAGAUCAAGUACGACAAGCAGGGCAUUGGAAGCAGUUACCUUUUCCGUAUGGCUGACGACGAGAUUAUCGACGCCACGAAGAAGGGUGGUAUUGCACGCUUCAUCAACCACAGCUGUACACCCAACUGCACAGCCAAGAUCAUCAAGGUCGAUGGCACCAGGAGAAUCGUCAUCUAUGCGCUCAAGGACAUUGCCAAGAGUAAGUUCAAGAAGAACAUUGACCGAAACACAUUGCUAACA